AUGGAUCACGUUAAAGGCGGUGGUAGAGUUUGCAACCAGCAGCAGCUGCAGCAGCAGCAAAUUAGCGCUAGUAGUACUACUAUUGCUGAUCAAGAAGACAUGAUGAUGAUCAUGGACCUCAGAAGAGGGCCGUGGACUGUUGAAGAAGACUUCACCCUCAUCAACUACAUCGCCCAUCAUGGCGAAGGUCGCUGGAAUUCUCUUGCUCGCUGUGCUGGUCUGAAGAGAACUGGAAAAAGCUGCAGAUUGAGAUGGCUAAAUUAUCUGCGCCCUGAUGUUCGUCGCGGAAACAUCACUCUUGAAGAACAACUCUUGAUUCUUGAACUCCAUUCUCGUUGGGGAAAUAGGUGGUCGAAAAUUGCCCAACAUUUGCCUGGCAGAACUGAUAAUGAAAUAAAAAACUACUGGAGAACCAGGGUUCAGAAGCAUGCCAAGCAGCUCAAAUGUGACGUGAACAGCAAGCAAUUCAAGGACACCAUGCGUUAUCUAUGGAUGCCAAGAUUAGUCGAGAGAAUUCAGGCAGCUGCUGCAGCCGGAGCUGAUUCCUCCACAGCCGCUAGGGCCACGGCGGCCACAGCAACCACCACCAGCAACUCUAACUACCACCAAGGGAAUACCAGCAUGGUGGCGGAUGUGGGCUCCGCCGGCCAAGUGAUUCUGCCACAGGCCAGCACAUAUGGCGGCCGUGUUACCAUGAAUCCCAGCAGGAGCACCAGUUAUACGCCUGAAAACUCCAGCACGCCUGCCUCAUCUGACUCAUUUACGGCACAAUUCUCGCCUGUUUCAGACUUGACCGAUUGUUACAAUUAUCCAGUCAAACAGAGCAAUAACCAAGAUUAUUAUCAAGCAAAUAACCAGCUAUCUUAUGGGGAGACCUUGACUAGCCCCACGGGUUACUUUAACCAAGCCCUGGACUUCCACCUCAUGGAGCAAAACAACGCAUGGAUGGACGGCGGUGAUGUAUCCGACAAUCUGUGGAAUGAUGAGGAUGCUUGGUUCUUCCAACAGCAGCUCAACAGUAACACAUUUAAUUAAAAAGGCGACAAUUAUUAGAUUUAGUUACUUAAUGGAACUCAGCUUCAGGAUUACUGUUCGAGGGGAAAAUAAUUGGAAAUCAAGGUACUGAUCAGUACAAGUAAAACAUACAAGUACUGCGUAGAGAGGUAGAGAGAUUGUUGGGUUGGGGAUACAUACGGAGGAAUUGCAGAGUUCUCAAAUCCUUCCUCCAAGAAUAUAAUGUGUAGGACACGAGUAAAGUUUGUAGCUAGGCAAGGACAAGUUUAAUUGUUGAUUAUUA